AACAUACUCAAAGUUCCCAUACGGACUAAAGAAUGGGCUAGAACCACAGAGAUGAACAAGUUUGCUAAAGAUACGAUAAGGUUAUAGGAUUUUAAAAAUGAAUUGCGAUAGUAAUCCGGAAUUAAUAGUGAAAACGGAAGAUAAUGAAAGCGACCAGGCAGACGGCGAGUGUGGAAAAAUUGAAAAAAUUAAUAUACAUGAUAAUACUGAGUCAUCAAUAGGUAUACGACCCCGGCCGUUGAUCUGCAAGCCAGAAAAUGUUCACAUUGGAUGCAAAUCUGAACCGAUUGAAACUAAAUGGCAUUGGGCUCCUGGAGCUUGGCAGGAUGCUACGAGGACUAGCGCAUUUCAGCCUUACAAGCCACCGACAUUACUGACGAAUUUGCAACGGGGUAAUACACAGACUGAAAUACCACAGCUGUACAGUAGCAGUGAUGUAACAUUUCAUACAUUAGCUGGUCAAGGAGAACUUACUCCUGAUAAUAUUCAGCCAGGAUCUAUAGAUGUCGUAGAUGAGAAAGGUUUCACUGGUCUCAUGUGGGCUGCAGCAUAUGGACAAUUAGGUAGUGCUCGGCAGUUGCUUAAAGCUGGUGCUAAUAAAAAUUUUAGAGGUCGCAAUGGAGAGACUCCAUUACAUUUAGCUGCAGCAUAUGGGCAUCACGAUCUUGUGAAAUUGUUAUUAAAUCAUGGUGCUGACUGCAAUGCAAAUGAUGAGGAAGGUAAUACUCCAUUAAUUUACGGAGCACACGGGGAUCAUCCACAUGUUUGUUAUGAACUUUUGUCAAGAGGAGCUGACAUAACUCAUCGCAAUGUUCAUAACAUAAGUGCUUAUCAUGCAGCUAUAUUAAACAAUUCAGAAACGGCUAAGUCUGUUAUCGAAAAUUAUCUUACCCAGGAAGUAGUAAACUUACCGAAUAAUAUAUUGCAAUAAUUCCUUUUGCAUUUCUAAAAAGAUGUAAAGAUGUAAAUAACUUAUUAAUAAUUUAUUAACUGAAAAAGCAAAUAAGACAUAGGAAUAUAUUUGUUUCAAAUAGAUAAGAAUUGUAUAAAUUGUACAUAAAGUAAGUUGUUUGAGAGAUGUAGUAAUGACAUACAUGUAAUAUUAUCUAAUAAUAUUCUGUAAGGGAUUUAUAAAAA